AUGCCUGAUGCUAGGAUACCUCUCUAUGCUAUACCGGUUGGUUUGUUUUCCUGGAUAGUUGCCCUUUUAACACCCGGAUGGAUAAUUAACAAAAGAGAGGGAGUUUAUGGAUCAACAGAGAGUUAUUAUAGUAUCUUUUAUGCUAUAACCUGUACACCGGAAACGUCCUGCCUGUCAACUUUUUCCUUUGAUUGGGCCUUGAUUGAUAUUCAUUUGGCCAGCAUACUCUCUCUUAUUCUGUGUGGAGUCGGCUGUCGGAUUCUUUGGGUUUCUAUCAAAAUUUGGCCUUUAGAUCCCAAAAAGGCUGUUAUAGGAGGAGUUUUAGUUCUCAUUGCAGCUACAUUUGAACACGUCCUGUUGAUUCGAUUUUAUACCUGCUACUUCGAAGGUGGUGGAACAGAAUGUUCUAAUGGAGUUCCGUAUUCUGUUAUCAUUGCUGGACUGGGCUUCUUGUUGGUUCUAUUCUCCGUGGUGGUGAUUCUUAUUCGCUAUAUUGCACCACAAACACAGGUGGAGAAUGACCAGUUAAUAUCAGAGGAAACUAGGACGGUUAAAACCAGAGCACUUCCUGUUGCUUUACUGGCUGGUAUACUGUUCAAGAUCGUUGCCUUUGUAACACCGGGUUGGAUACGGUCUGUAGAGGGAACACGUCGUACAACUUGGAUUGGAAUCUUCUACUCAAGGACUUUUGAAGGAAACACUAGUUGGACAUCUUUUUUUGAUAACAACCAACAUGGUUGGAUCGAUCUUCAGAUUAAUUGUGUCCUUGAUGUUUUGUUGUCUGGAGCCGGCUGUCUGGUCUUCAUUUUGAACAGCAAAAGAGUAUCUAAACACGUAAUGGUUAAACCUCUAGCAUGUAUCUCAGGAGGGGUCUUUCUGUGUGUGGCAGUUACUAUGGACUUUGCCUUGCUCAUUCGUUUUCUUGGACUAUUUAUCAUAAGCCUUGGAAGGUCCACAUGGUUUCCAUACUCUUUUGUCAUUGCCUGCGUGUCCUUUGCUUUGAAUCUUUUCUCCGUUGUGGUAAUUCUUAUUCGCUAUAACAAAGGCAGCGAGGAAGAAAAUAAUGUCGACCAGAUGAUAGAAAAUUUGGGACUUUAUCCAGAUGUGACUACAGACAAUGUGGAUGUGAUAACAGACAACAGACUGGAAGUGACGACAGAUAAUGUUGAUAUGACGACGUGAUAACAGAUAUCUCUUUGGACUAAAAGAUCUUUAUACAGCCAAACUCUCUACUACCGCCUUUACUUUACACUCAUAUUUCACACAGUUUGCUUCAACAAUAUUGAAAAAUUGUUUAAAUGGAAAAUAAACUUUUUAAUUACUGAUAAACAAUCCUAAUACUAUUGUAAAUUCUUUGCUCUUCAUUGCAGCUCUGUUUGAUAAGAUUUUAAAAUGUUGAUGAAUAUAUGUAUAAAGAAUUAUAAUUCUCUCUGUAUAUCUGUAUCGGUAUACGGCUGUUCACCCUUUACAAGGUCAAUAUUUUGUAUUUUUGUAUUAUGGAGAUUCUGUAUCUGUUACCUUUAAAGGUUUUUGCAUGUUUUUUUCCUUCAUUAUGUUAUCAUAUAUAACAUUUUUUUUUUGUAUUAUACAUGUUUGUAUUUUAAAUGUUUUUUUUUUUUAAUUAUUAUUUUGGUGUUUUGUCUUCAUUGCUUCUUUAUAAACAGCGUAAAUUAUCAUAUACUGGGUAAAUUUCUGUCUAUAUAUCGUGAUGAAAGAGUAAGACAUGUAUAUACACAACAUAUCUAGUGUUGUUAUUAUUGAUCGAUUGAUGACAAUAAAAUUUGGUACAAGUUU